AUGAAAAGCAUAUCGGUCUUGGUUGCCUUGCUUGCGGUCCAAGCAAAGGCCAGUUAUUACCGUGUCUCCAUCGUCCAAGACCCCAACCCGAAUCCAGCCGUCAAGAAUCCAGUCGCUUCGAUUGACGGCGAGGAGGGUAAAGAGUAUAUCAUGUUAUACGAGGGUGAAGGCUACCGUGGGAGGGAACCGCCCAACGUCAUCGUCCCGGUCAAGAUCGUCCGAGGCAAAGCCGUUCCCGGCCGCGGAGGCCUUGGGCGUGGGUUCAAACUCGACAUCACGCCAAUAUCGGCGGGAGAGGCGGUACUUGCCGAGCCGGUAAACACUGUGCCGGAUCCGUCGUUGAAAGAGGGGCGGUACGCAGGACGGACGGGCGGAGGACGAGAAAAAGCACCACCAUCAAGGAAAUGGUGGUAA